AUGGGGAAACCCAAAGCUAAAAUUUUAAAAAAUCUUGUUGCACCUGAAAUAAACUCAAUUGAGCAAGUUAUUAUGGCUAAAAAUGCUAGUGUUAAAAUAAUUAAGUAUCAUUCAAAUAAUAAAAAAAAAUCUUCCUUACAUGAAGACUUUCUUGCUCCUAGUACAAAUUUUAAAGAAAAUGUUAUCAUCAACGACUUAAUAAAUGUGUUGGACCAAGUGGAAAGUAAAAAUGUGGAUGUGGAAUCAGAUGAUGAGCGCUACGAAUACAUUUCUCCUCCUAAUUCUGCAAGAUUGGGAUCACAUGAAGACUUUCUUGCUCCUAAUACAAAUUAUGAAGAAAAUGUUAUCAUCAACGACUUAAUGAAUGUGUUGGACCAAGUGGAAAGUAAAAAUGUGGAUGUGGAAUCAGAUGAUGAGCGCUACGAAUACAUUUCUCCUCCUAAUUCUGCAGGAUUGGAGUCACAUGAAGACUUUCUUGCUCCUAGUACAAAUUAUGAAGAAAAUGUUAUCAUCAACGACUUAAUAAAUGUGUUGGACCAAGUGGAAAGUAAAAAUGUGGAUGUGGAAUCAGAUGAUGAGCGCUACGAAUACAUUUCUCCUCCUAAUUCUGCAAGAUUGGGAUCACAUGAAGACUUUCUUGCUCCUAAUACAAAUUAUGAAGAAAAUGUUAUCAUCAACGACUUAAUAAAUGUGUUGGACCAAGUGGAAAGUAAAAAUGUGGAUGUGGAAUCAGAUGAUGAGCGCUACGAAUACAUUUCUCCUCCUAAUUCUGCAGGAUUGGAGUCACAUGAAGACUUUCUUGCUCCUAGUACAAAUUAUGAAGAAAAUGUUAUCAUCAACGACUUAAUAAGUGUGUUGGAUGAAGUGGAAAGUAAAAAUGCUGUGCAGCAAGAGGUUCACAUGGACAUUGCAGAAAAUAAUAUGGAUUCUGAAGUUGAAACAGAAAUGUGUGAUGUUAUUGAACGUGAUUUAGCAUUGAACGACAUAAGACAGAAAGCAGAAAUCAUAAAUAUAAAACUUAAUACAUAUUUGGACAAGUGA